AUGCUCUCCUACAAUACUUCCGUGUCUGUCAACGGACAACAGCCCCCAUCUUCGGGAGGCAUCUCAGCCAGCCGCCAGAGCAUUCCGUCAUCUGCACAACUUGGUCGACUCUCGGCCCCAGGACUUGCCAACAGCGCUUGCGCGAGUAGCGCCAAUUCCAGCAACGCCAUGGCAGCAAAGGGACACCACAUUUGGCUCGUGACCGGGCCUGCCGGCUGUGGAAAAAGUACCGUAGCCAAAUACCUCUCCGAUGUUCUCCAUCUGCCCUAUAUCGAGGGCGAUGAAUACCAUCCUCAGUCAAACAUCGAAAAGAUGAGCGCAGGGAUUCCCCUGACGGACGAAGACCGCUGGGACUGGCUAACAGCCCUUCGGGAAGCGUCCAUCCGGGAGCUCAAUCGGGGCAAUGAGGGAGUCGUUCUGACCUGCUCGGCACUCAAGCGCAAGUACCGCGAUGUCAUUCGCGUUGCUCCCUACUUCACGCCGAACCUUUAUCUCCACUUCAUUUACCUUGAUGCUCCCGAGGAGUUGUUGGUCCAGCGUGUUCGGGCACGCCAGAACCAUUACAUGGGUGCUAAUAUGGUCCACAGCCAGUUUGAGGCGCUGGAGAGGCCACGUCCAGAUGAGGUGGACGUCAUCACCAUCAAUGUUAACAAGCCACUUGAGGAUGUCACCGCAGAAGCCCUCGACCGUGUUCUCCAGACCAUGGCUGCUCACCAACAGCCCCCACAGGCAUGA